AUGAGGAAACCGAAUCAUUAUCGAAAAAAUUAUGUUAUGCGAUCACAUCCCUACCUAUAUAAUUUUUCAACACCUUGUAAUGUGAGAAAUUUUGGUACCAUACCCGAAGCCAAAAGAGCUGGAGCCAUUGAUCGUAUCGAAAAAGGAGAAACCAAAUUAAAGUUGAUAACUUUAUUUCAAGAGAAUAUGAAUUAUAUCAAGUUAACAGAGAUACCACAAGCGUAUUUCUUUAGAUUUGAUCGAGCAUUAGAAUAUACUGGGAAAUUUAAAUAUAGGAUUAACGAUGAGAUGCCAAAUAUUUUAACACAACACGAAAGUGGAAACGGUCAAGAAAUAAUUGUUCGAUUAUCAGAACCAUAUCAAAAGAUGAAACAUGAUGUUCUGCCGACAUUCAAUCGUGAAUCUGAUAAUGAAGAAAUAAAAGAAAAAUCAACUAAAUUUCAGGUUCAUCGAAAUAAUGAACAAACGGUUAAGGAAUGGUUAAAGGAACUACGACACAUUGAUGAUGAAAAGAAAGAAGAUAAGCAAGAGGGUAAUAAUGAUCAAAAGAAGAUCAAAGUUAAAGAAAUGGUUAAUUUACGCAUUGUCUUUGAUGAUGAUGAUAUGAAUUCUAUUUCCCCUUUACAAAGGGAUGUCCUAGAAUUUUUGUUUAGGGAAUUUCAUGAGGAUUGA